AUGGCUUCGAACUCCAUAGCUUCAAGGCCACCCUCUUUGUUGACGAGAAACUUCAAGAAUUACAGUGCUCGUGAUUCUGCUAUCUGCGGCCCCAUAAAAUCCCUCAAUUUUCUACCUCCAAUCACUCCAUUUUUUUCCAAGUUCUGUUUGAAGAAUGGGCCAACAAUUUCUUCAUCUGUUUUGGCUAAGGCCUCCUCUGCGUCAACUUCUCCUUCUACGAGUGUCCAGUCCCCAGAACUGAAGAUUAAGACUGUGCCCACAGUGCCAAUUGAGGGUCAGAAGACUGGUACAAGCGGCCUUAGGAAGAAGGUGAAAGUUUUCAUGCAAGAUAAUUACCUCGCCAAUUGGAUUCAGGCAUUGUUUGACUCACUGCCUCUGGAGGAUUACAAGAACGGAACUUUGGUCUUAGGAGGUGACGGUAGGUACUUUAACCUGGAGGCUGCACAGAUUAUUAUUGAAAUCGCUGCCGGCAAUGGUGUUGGAAAAAUCUUGGUUGGCAAGGAUGGCAUAAUGUCUACACCUGCUGUUUCUGCUGUAAUAAGGAAGAGGAAGGCUGAUGGUGGUUUUAUAAUGAGUGCAAGCCAUAAUCCCGGUGGUCCCGAUUAUGAUUGGGGAAUCAAGUUCAAUUAUAGCAGUGGCCAACCUGCUCCCGAGUCGAUAACGGAUAAGAUUUAUGGAAACACUCUUUCUAUAUCUGAAAUAAAAGUUGGAGAUAUUCCUGAUGUCGAUCUCUCUCGUCUCGGUCAAAUAGACUAUGGAACUUUUAGUGUGGAGGUAGUCGAUCCUGUAGCUGAUUAUCUGGAGCUCAUGGAGAACGUAUUUGAUUUUUCGCUUAUCAAGAGCCUUCUUUCGCGGGCAGAUUUUAGGUUUAUAUUUGAUGCAAUGCAUGCUGUUACUGGUGCUUAUGCUAAACCGAUCUUUGUGGACAAGCUGGGAGCUAGCUUAGAUUCUAUAAUGAAUGGAGUGCCUUUAGAAGAUUUUGGACAUGGCCAUCCAGAUCCUAAUCUCACAUAUGCUAAGGAUUUGGUCAACAUAAUGUAUGGAGAGAAUGGGCCUGAUUUUGGUGCUGCAAGUGAUGGUGAUGGUGAUAGAAACAUGAUUCUUGGAAAAGGGUUUUUUGUGACUCCUUCAGAUUCCGUCGCAAUUAUUGCCGCCAAUGCACAGGAAGCUAUCCCUUAUUUCAAGACCGGUCCAAAGGGUUUGGCCCGAUCGAUGCCAACAAGUGGUGCUUUGGACCGUGUGGCUCGGCAAUUGAAUCUAGCAUUUUACGAGGUGCCCACUGGUUGGAAGUUUUUUGGGAAUCUAAUGGAUGCAGGAAAGUUGUCAAUUUGUGGGGAAGAAAGUUUUGGAACAGGUUCUGACCAUAUCCGCGAGAAAGAUGGGAUAUGUUAUUUUCCGUCCAACAGGGCUGUUUUAGCUUGGUUGUCAAUAAUUGCAUAUAAAAACAAGGACAAGAAAGUUGGGGAGAAGUUGGUUUCUGUAUGUGAUGUUGUGACGGAGCAUUGGGCUACAUAUGGAAGAAAUUUCUUUUCUAGAUAUGAUUAUGAGGUAGGUAUUGAAUGUGAAUCCGAAGGGGCCAAUAAAAUGAUGGAGUAUCUUAGAGAUUUAAUAUCUAAGAGCAAUGCGGGAGACAAAUAUGGAGGCUAUACCCUUCAGUUCGCUGAUGACUUUACCUACACCGAUCCAGUUGAUAGAAGUGUGGUUUCUAAGCAGGGCAUUCGUUUUGUAUUCACGGAUGGGUCCAGGAUCAUUUUCCGUUUAUCAGGAACCGGGUCGGCUGGUGCAACUGUUCGGAUAUAUAUCGAACAAUUUGAGCCGGAUGCAUCCAAACAUGACGUGGAUGCACAAACUGCAUUGAAACCCUUGAUUGAUCUGGCGCUAUCCACUUCGAAGCUGAAGGAGUUCACUGGCAGGGAGCAGCCAACUGUCAUCACAUAG